UUUCUUCCUCCCCCCUUUUAACUCUCUCUCUCUCUCUCUCUCUCUCUAUGUCUAUUUUGUCCUUGUUUAGUCAUCUUACUUCUUCCUCUUGCUGAGCCUGAGAGGUGAGGGGUUUUAAAUGUUCUUGAAGGACCUCUGUGCUCUUUGAUCCGUUUUUUAAGGUCUUCUUGUUUAACUGCUUUUACAACUUCUUGGGUCCGUGUCGAUAUGAGUCAACUCGGUGUGAUAUUACAGGAAUCGCUCCGCGCUGAAAGAGAAGCCAGAACCAUUCUGGGUUUGUUAACGGAGCAAAUGGAUGGUGUCGAUGGAGGACCACGGAGGAGACGGACUCUCAAAGAACGCCUCAGAUUCACCGGAAUGGGGUGUUGUGGGGCCACCUGGGUUUUCCGUCCGGCCACCCUAAACGUCAGGAAUGACCAAGAUGAACAAGAAGGAAGAACACACUCACAGCAGAUGCAGGAAACGAACACGGGUGCUCAAGAUCCAAACCCAAAUGGACCCGAAUGUCUCGGCCCGACUCCCUCGGGUUCGGGUAUGAAUCUGGCGGCGGCGUUGGCGGCCGAGCGUCAAUUAAGGGGAGCGCAGGAACCGGAUGGGGGAGGCGAAGGAUCCGCCGGGGAGACGAGGACGGCGCCGGGGACGCCGUGGAGGGUGUCGUUGAUGAAGCUGUUGGAGGAAACGGAGGGUGGGGAUGCGGAGGUGGCGGUGACGGAAACGGAAAGAGAGGGAGGAGAAGGGGCAGUGGGGAAUGAUUCGGUGUGCUGCGUGUGCAUGGGGAGAAAGAAAGGCGCAGCGUUCAUCCCAUGUGGUCACACUUAUUGCAGGGUGUGUUCGAGGGAGCUGUGGUUGAAUCGAGGGAGUUGUCCCCUCUGCAAUCGUUCCAUUCUCGACAUUCUCGACAUCUUCUGAAUUUCAUAGCCAUUUUCUUGGAUCCUUCACGACAAUCGCAACGGAACGGAAUUUUCAUUUUCCUCUUCUUCUUCUUCCUUUUUUUUUUCUCCCACCUAAUUGGGGAAAAAAAAAACUCAGUUGAUAUUUCACGUGUAAUAUAAUUGUUUGAAUUUCUUGAAUG